UAACACACAGUUUGACGGUCGCGCGCACUGGCCGUUCACAAAAAAAAAAAAAAACAAAAAAACGUGGAUUCUGUGUUCGAAUUUCAAAAUAUAAAAAAAAUAAUUCCAAAAUGGUGGUAAAUCGGAACGCUAUGUUUUUUUUGUUGUAUUUAUUCAAUAUGGCCGUGUCGUUAGAAAAUAAUUUGGGUGGAUUUAAAGAGGUUUACGCAUGGAAGCAAAUGACAUAUGAUAUUAAUGGAAUCGAAGUACUCCACGACCGCUAUUCCGAUAUUGAUGAGAGCGAACGCGCGAAAAGGCAGACAGACGCAGUUUACUUUCAGAAUGAUGAUGAAACCGAACAACCUGCGACUUCACGGCCAAAUGAGGAUGAGUCUGGACGAUUCUUCAUACAAUAUAACAAUGUGCCCAUGGGAGCCGAGAGGGUGGGAAAUAGGCUGUUCAUUGCAUUGCCUAGACGAAGAUAUGGUAUACCAGCAACUCUAAACUACAUAGAUCUAGAAAUGCAAAAGGAACGAUCGCCGUCACUUAAGCCCUAUCCAGACGUGUUUCGAGCUAGAUCUCUAGUGUCAGUCUAUAGGACUAGAGCUGACAGUUGCGGCAGACUGUGGAUGGUGGACACAGGACUUCUCGAGUUGCCAGUAAACCGCCGCCAAUUACUGACUCCGGGUAUAGUAAUUUACGAUUUGAAUACAGACCAACAAAUACUCAGAUAUUCGUUGAAGGAAUCAGAUCUGCCCUCUGCUAGCACGCCGACGGGUCUCGCCUCAAUAACCGUGGACAUAUCUGACAACUGCGAUGACGCAUAUGCUUAUAUCCCCGACCUGACCACAUACGGCAUCAUCGUGUAUUCACUGAGAGAUAACGACAGCUGGCGACUGCAGCAUAAUUAUUUUAGCUACAACCCGGUAGCUGGGAAUUUGAGAAUAGCAGGUGAAUACUUCCAGUGGAGUGAUGGUAUAUUCAGUAUAACUCUCUCCCACCCCACGCAUAGUACUUGCAGGGAAGCCUAUUUCCACCCCCUAAUUAGUACACAAGAGUUCUCAGUGUCCACUUGCGUUCUGAAAAAUAGAACGGCUAGCAGCGAUAGAUACUUCUUUGACAAAUUCUCGUUCUUAGGCGAUCGAGGAGAGAACAGUCAGUCGACUAUGCACGACUUCCAUAACAGAACUGGUGUUGUAUUCUUCUCCGAUAUCGGCAGGAACGCAAUAUCCUGCUGGAAUACAGCGAAAUCUCUUUCACCAGCCGCUGUGAACGUUUUGGCACAAGAUGAUGAAUUGCUGAGUUAUCCUGCUGACCUUCAUGUCACUGGCGAUGAAGUAUGGGUGAUAGCCAACAGACUACCCCGUUUCGGCUAUUCCAGAUUGAAUACUGAUGAAUAUAACUUCUUUAUUUAUAAGGGCCACGUACAAAGAUUAAUUUACGGUACAGGGUGUGCCGUCUAUUAAAAGUAAAGUAUAAAUAUUAAUUUUUUUUUUUAUUU